UUGCCAGAUUCAUGAUUCACUGCAGGAUAAACCAGGUUUACAAUGUUGAAUCACGCUCUUAUUGGUUUUUCUAUUCGUAUUAUAAAUAAGAUACUAUCAUUGCGUAUUUUCUUUUAACCAACACGGACUAGGAGGGUUUUGCUAUGAUCAAAACAGCCAAAACGAUUUGCCCUGCCCCGCCCUGCCCUCAGCUGGUGUUUCUAAAACCGCAGCGGACCGUGGUGUUUAACCAACAAUAAGCGCUCCCCUUCGUAGACGACCUUCCUCGCUAGCAAAUCAACGCUCGUCAAAUACAAACCACUUCCCCGUUCCUAUGCCCUUAUUUGGAACAGAGGGGCUGUGCUUAUUAGACUGAAGAGGAAAAUGGUGGAAGGAGAGGUCUCACAUCCAUGUAGACAGAAUAACCUCAAUUGUUUACUCUCAGAUCUCAAAGUACAGAACAGCCGCCCGGCCGUGAAGCAGGAGCCAUGGCGGACGGAGCUCAGGUGAAGAAGACGGUGGUCAAGGUGCUGUGCUGCGUGGAGAAGGUCACGUCCUUCGCCUCCUCCGUCGACCCCAUCUGCGGCAUCAUCUCCCCCCUGGUGGGGCUGCUGCGCAAGGGCCUCCAGGAGGACGAGGCCCACGUCCUGGACAAGGACUUCCAGGCGCUGCACUGCAAGAUGGAGGACAUCUCGGCCAAGAACCGGCAGUGCCUGCAGAAGAUCCGGAUCGACGAGGUCAACGAAACCUACGGCAAGUACGAGGAGUUCAUCAAGCACCAGUACGCCGCCUUCGGCAACAUGGUGGCCCGGGUGAAGAAAGACCCGGACGCCGCCGACCUCCACAUGAGCACCUUCGAGAGGAUCUACGAGCGGGACAAGGCGGACAUGAGCCUGGACGUCUACUACCGUGGUGUGAUGGGGAAGGGCUCCGUGUUCGGCCGGCCCCUCCUGCUGGUGUACUAUGAGCACUGCGGACGCAACCGCACCGUGAUGGAGCACCGCUGCUCCCACCUGCGCCUCCUCUUCCACAUGGGCCUCAUCGCGCUCAUGGCCUACACGGCGGUGACGGAGGACGACGAGGAGGAGGUGGCCCAGAAGUGGGCCAAGAGGGUGCAGGAGAUCCAGAGCAAGAUGGAGGAGGUUCUGAGUCAUUGCCAGGAGGAGAGCCCACCCUAGGUUCUGGGAGGGGAGGUCGGAGGGGAGAUGGGAGAUUGGUGGUGGGAGAGUUGGGAGGUUGGGAGGGAGGAGGGGUGGGGGGAGGGAUACGAUAUUGUCCAUGUCAAUAUGGAAGCACUUCAGGUGGGGUGGGGUCACUUUACUCCCUGAAUCCAAUCUCGACCAAUCCAAAGAUAUUUAAUCAUGCCGGGAAUAUUUUAGAGAUUUAUUUGAAUCGUCAGGAUGCCUGCCAUAUAUUCUAAUGUUUUUGUUAUUUUGGUUGACACAUCGAUGCUGUGUGGGAUAUUUUGUUUAAAUGGAGACCAUGCUUUUGUGUAUUAGCUGCCUAAAUAAAUGCUGCUGUUAUGUGUCAAACGUUUCUUUUUAAAAGGUUUUUUACUUUUAUGCUUUGAUAUUCUUUAAUCAUUGGGGGAGAUGGGAUAAAAUAACGUACAAAAUACCUAAAGCAUUUGCGCUAUAAAAAGUCUACUAUAAGUCAGUCAUCAUUAAUUGGCCUAGUGUGGGUACACCGGAAACUGACACUGUUUUUCAUGCUUCAAGGAACUAACCCUGAAUAGAUAUAUAGCUAACACAAGGACAAGUAAGCUAUACAAAGGUAAUUCUAAACAUUUUACAAUUUACAGAUAUAAAUAUAGAUAUAGUUGUUGCAAAACUGCAGAGAGCAAUGAUUCUGGAAUGAAUAUGGAAUGAUUAACAGGUUUUUGUUAUAUGCAUGAGGUAGAUGGAAAUGACAGUUUAUACAAUACAAUAAAAGGCCAAUGGCAACUGACGGCCCGCGGGCCAUAACUGGCCUGCCUGACAUAAUAUCUGGUCCGCCAGAUUAUUCAGAAGUUAUAUGCCUCAUCCUCAUCGUCCAACCGCUUAUCAGGGAUCGGGUCACGGGGGCUGCAGCUCCAGAAGGGGGCCCCAGACUUCCCCUUCCCGGGCCACAUCGACCAACUCUGGCGAAGGGAUACCGAGGCGUUCCAACGCCAGUGUUGAGAUAUGAUCUCUCCACCUAGUCCUGGGCCUUCCCCGGGGUCUCCUCCCCACUGCUCGUACCUU